UCAGAGAGGCAAAUGAUACUCAACAGCAACUUUUUGGUUGCUUCCGAUCCGUGGGUUUCAAAUCCAAGGAUUUGUUGAAGAAGAAGAAGAAGUGGGUGAGAAAGCAGCAAUAUCCUCAGCCAUUCUCUUCUAAUCGGCUGACUUGAUAAACCACAUCGAGAAGAACAAGAAAGACGACGGCGUUUUAAUAAAUCAAUGGUGAAGGGAGGAGUGCAAAACCCAGGAUUAGCAGCGGAUGUGAGUCAGGUGAUUGAUCAGUUGGAACGGCACUGUUUGGCACCCGACGGAUCUCUUGUCUCCAAAUCCGCCUUCUCCGACCUCCAACUCGCCAGAGAGGAGAUGUCUAGGGAGAGAUUGCGCUACUUAGAAGCUCUGGCAAUUUAUUGUGAAGCAAUUGCCAUGGUGGAAGAGUAUCAACAGCAGGGUGUUUCCAUGGCUAAUCUUGGAGGAAUUCGAGAUGUCCAAGGCUCGAACAGUUCUCCUCAGGUUUAUGAGACUCUAGAGCACCGCUUAGUCGUUGCAGAAGCAGCUCAGAAAUUGAGGCUUCCUCUUAUAUCGAAGGAUGGUGAGAUCCAUGAGGAGGAAAUUGAAAAAUGGACUGUAAUGUCUCGAAGUUCCCUUGAUAGUACAAAUACCAGUGUUACCAUCAGCUCAACCUCUAACUCAAUCAAUUAUACAAACAGUUCUUCAAACAGCACUGCAAGUGCAGCAAACAAUGCCGCUCUUCUUACUAAUAAUGACUCAACAGAACCUGGAGUUGGUGGCGUUCCUAAUCGCUUUCUUGGCAUAACACCUGCCUAUUUGUGGCAAACUCAUCUUCAACAAAUGCCAUUCAUGAUGGACAUUGCUGAAUAUCAGAUGUCUCUUUCAUGUGAGGUUGAGGCUCGCUUGAAAGCUAAAUGCAUUAAGUUAGCUGAUGCUUUUGUUGAUGAUAUUGAUUCAAUGCCUGUUAAUCAAAAUUCAACUGCUCGCCUUCCAGAGAGGGUCAAGUUGAUAAUUGAGGAAAUUGAGAAGGAAGAAGCAGCCCUGCGAGAGGAUCUUUAUUCUGCAGAUAGAAAAUUUGCUGAAUAUUACAAUGUCUUAGAGCAGAUACUUGGCGUGCUUAUUAAGCUUGUCAAAGAUUUGAAGCUGCAACAUCAACAUAAAUAUGAUGAACUACAGAAGACUUGGUUGUGUAAAAGGUGUGAGACCAUGAGUGCAAAACUAAGGGUUCUGGAGCAUGUUCUCCUUCUUGAAACUUAUACUCAGGAGUCAAUACCAGCUCUUCAUAAAAUAAGGAAAUAUCUUGUCGAGGCCACAGAAGAAGCUUCUAUUGCAUACAAUAAAGCGGUUACACGCCUGCGUGAAUAUCAAGGUGUUGAUCCUCACUUUGACACAAUCGCAAGACAGUACCAUGAUAUUGUAAAGAAAUUGGAAAACAUGCAAUGGACAAUCCAUCAAGUUGAAAUGGACCUGAAACGGUUACCAGAUCAUCCAAGAGCUUAAAUUGGAUUUAUUUCUUGACUUCUUAGUACUUUUAUAGGCCAAGGACCGAACCAAGUAUCAAUGUUUGAUACCUAGUCUUUUUGUCCUUUUCGUUUUUGUCAAAUUUGUAUUCCCUGGUCAGUUGCAUUGCCAGGAUGUAGAAUAACAUGCUCAACAAUUAGCUAUAAAAAGAUAAUAUUGGUUCACAA